AUGUCCGCGGCAGAAGCAGUUGUUUCGCCACGCUUCAAUCCUUCCAUUGCCUUCAUCAGGGCAGUCCAAAAGUGGAACGACAGCGCCGGCAGGCAUCAGCAGAACGACGUCAGUGGGACCAUCAGCACCCUGAAUCUCUAUGGAGACACCAUGCUGUACAAGUAUCAACAGCAGAUAACAGCACCGGCGCGAGGGCCGGCUACGGCUGGCCACAUGCAGUUCGCUGAAUCCACCUGGGAUGUCUUCUACGAGUUAUACAAGAUCUCGUGCGGAUCUCUUGUUGACAAAAUCAGUAACGCGGACGUCAUUUCCGAAGCCCGUACGAUGGCUGUCGCCUGGUUCGAGUCCGUGUUCCGACCAGGCCAGAGCACUAAAAGCGGUCUGCAGGCCUACAUGCAGCGUUUGCAGACGCAGAGCCGUAAAGGUGUUCUCACCUAUCGAGUGCCUGGCGCGCCUCCAGCUGCUCUGGAGACGACGGCAGCCGAGGCAGUCAUCAGCUCGGCAACCGACAGCGGUGCGGAGAAGAGUGAACUGUAGAUAGAUGAUACAUGAUGCUUUACAGUCUGCAGAUGUUGUGUAGUUGGCCGAAAUAUGUUCGACAUAUAUAAGAUCUAUAUGACCUGGACGUCAAUCCGUGCAUCAGCAGAGAUGAAGUGUAGGCAUUUCGCCUAUAAAUAGCUAGGGCGUGUCAAUUAUGAACCAUGCAAGGAAACGCAUGAUGUGAUGUGUUGCCCGCUGCAUAAGAGAGGGAACGUGCAUGCAGGCACUAGACUAACAACUACUCACUUGUGCAGAUAGUAAAUAUCUAGGCGAGCUUGUUCUUUGGACUUGCACCGGUACUCGAAAAAAUAGUUGUACAUCAUGGUUGUGCCGGUGUGUGUAUGUGUGUGUGUGUGUGUGUGUGUUGCCGGUAACUUUGAUGGAGCGCGUCAUAAUUGUCACGCACUUCUGUGAUAUACAGCAAUGCAGGAGGAUUUCCUACAAACUUCGGCCCCCGCAACCCUUGAGGACAGCCUUGUGUGUGGCUGGCACAGUAUGAAGCUCAUACACGGUGCAUAUACAUGCAUGCAUGCAUGGUGUAAGCAGCUGCUGCUGCGACGCGAUCCAUUCAUUCGCAUAGGCAUGCAUAUGCGCAUGUGCAUGUGAUCGUGUCGGACAUUGAAGGAUUAGCGUCUAUGCUUCAGAUGAGGUGUGUGCUGCGUCCAUGGGAGAAAGCAGCUGUUGGAGCCGGUUUUCGCCAUUUUUGCGAGGCCUGUCAUGAGAAUUUUGAUUGGGCCGUGGUGGGUGCGUGCGUUUGUAUUGCUUGUCUGCGUUACAGAUGUGCGCGCACUUGCUUGCAUGAGAACCCUCCCGUGUUGAUCGGUCCGGACCAUGUUGUUUAGCGAGUAGCUGGGUUGGUACCACACAGCAGGAGCAUAGGUACGUUAUCGUUGCUUGGUACGGAUACAAUCCCAGGCGGAUGUGCGCAUGAAGCUGCGGUCUUGAUUUGUCGUGACACGAAACUCUAGGGUAUUCCCAGUGCAGAGCAGUGCACGGUCGUCCGAUGGCCCGCCCUACUUCCCUGCCGGAAAACACCCUUGGGGUCUGGGGCGCGCUGUAAUAUCCGCUACUAUUAACCUAUCAACG